AUGGAGCCCCCAAGGCAAACGCGAGAUGAAGUGAGGCGGGGCGCGACGUGUGCGCUUGCGGCAAGACUCGCGCUAUCCCUUGAUACUGUUCAAGACGAAGACACCGUGCUCGUGUUGGAGGCGGAGCUUCUCGAGCUCUACCAACCAAGAGGGGAUGUUGGUUGUCAUGGGUGCAGCGCGCUGCCGAGUGUGUUGCCACAACGUGUGUAG